AUGGCCCCGCGGGGGUGCCUCCCCCGCUGCCGCCCUCGGGGGAGCGUCCGCCCGCGGGGGCGCGCCCGACGUCCGCCACCACCACCGCCGCCUCCUGGCUCGGGGACCGGGGUUUCCCUCAGUAGCCCGGCACCGCCCCCGAGAGGACGCCUGCGGCUCGGACCGCCCCGCCGGCGCGGGGACGGCCGACCGGCCAACGGAGCUCGCCCCGCGCGCGGCCCGGAACGCCCCGCCCGGGCCCUCGCCCUGCCGCGCCGCCCCUGUGGGCCCGCUGCGGGCGGAGGGUCGGAGGAGCCGCCUCCCCGGAAGGCGCCCUCGCGCCCCCCCUUCGCUUUCUCGCUUUCGGCCGUCGCUCGCCGGGCGCCGACGGCGCCGCUCGCUCCGCGCGCGCCCCGGGGGCCGCCCGCGCUCGCCGCUUCCGAGCCCCCCCCCCGCCCGCUCGCCCGCGCGCGCGGGGGGGAAGGACGGGGAAGCGACCGAGGUGCCGACGGGCGGGGCGCGGCGGCGGCGGCGGGCCGCCGGCCGCCGAGCGACGAAAGACGAGAAAAAGAGGGGCGCGCGGCGCGCCUUCCGGCGGCGGCCCCGCCGGGGACCCUGGCCGCCCGCAGCCGGCGGGCCGGCGCGGAGGAGAGGGCCGCGGGCUCGGGCCAACUCGGAGCCGCGGCGCGGCCCGGCGGCCCGGCGCGGACGGCGUUCGGCGGCGCCGCCCGCCCGGGCUCGCCGCUGCCGGCGGGGACGAGGGCUCCGGCCGGCCGGCCGCGCCCCGCUCUCCGGCGGGGGACGGACCGGCGACGGACCGGCGCGGAGGGGAGGGCCGGCCUCCGGGGCGGCGAGCGCGCAGCUGCCGACCUUCGGCCGCCCGGCCGCGACGCGCGUUUCAGCUUUGCAACCAUACUCCCCCCGGAACCCAAAGACUUGGGUUUCCCGGGAGCUGCCCGGCGGGUCAUGGGAAUAACGCCGCCGGAUCGCCAGUCGGCAUCGUUUAUGGUCGGAACUACGACGGCGGCCUCCCGCGGGCUCGCCUUCCUUUCCCUCGCGCGGCCGCGCGCGCGCCACGCCGCCGGCCGCGGCUCGGCUGGGGCUGACCCGCCCCCGAAGCCGGCCCGGCCGGCCGGCCGGCGGCUCGGCCGCGCGGCACCACCGGACGUGCUAGAGGAGACGGCGACCCGACGAGGCGGGCGCGGCCCGGUCCCCGAGGCCCCUUCGGCCGGGGCGGCUCGCUCGGCAGCGGGCGGCGGCGCGGCGACCCGCUGCGCUCUCCGGCGCUACCUGCGGGCGGGGGGCGCUUCCCCCCGAGCCUUUUUCUUUCCUCCCUUUUCUCUCUCGCCUCUCUCUGGCUCGCCGUCGCGGCUCCGGCCGCACCGCCGCCCGACGCUGCUCGCGGCCGGCACCCACGGGCGCCACCCGGACCCAGGCCGGCACCGGCACCUCGCCUGUUUUUACCCAAGGACACCUGAAAAGCUCGCGGGGCCGCGCGGCCGUCACACAGCUCGGUACGGUGAAGAAGCCCCUCCCCGGCGGGAGGGGCGACACCUCGCCUGCCACGGGAAGCCCACGGGCAGAGGAGACCGCCCGGCCCGAACACCGGCCUCCGCCGCGCCUCUCGGCCGGCCACGGAGGAGCGCCGGCCCGCCGGGGGCCCUCUCCCACGCCUCCCGAAAAGCCUCAUCCAUCGUCACUCGGGGAACGGCCCCACGGCCACUCUCGCUCAGCCUGCCACUACGCGGAGGACGGCACGUGCCCCAGGCCGCCGACGCCGGCGGCCCGCACGCUACUCUCCACGGCUCUCUCCCGGCCCGGCAGGAGGCGGGUGCCGCCGGACGCCCGGCUCCGGACAACCCACGCUUCCGGCCCCGCCGGGCCCACGGCCGCCCCCCGCAGAGCGGCACCUCCAGCGUGCGAAAGCGCCACCGAACGUGCCGCGGGGCCACCGGCUUUCGCCCGCCUCGCGGCCAUCGGCUUCCCCCAGAAAGGCCGGGGGACGGCGACGGGGAGAAAAACAAAAAGCCCCCGAGAAAAAAGCACGCGCGCCUCUCGCUCGCCGUGCUAGCCACGGCCGCCCGGGGCUCGGGGCGGGGCCCGCGCCCCUCGCUCCCCGAUUCCCUCUCGCUGCCCACGGGCUCGCGCCUCGGCGGCGGCCGGCCGCCGCCGGGCCGCUCUCGCGCCGCCGGAGCAAAAAUCAAAAAAACGGAAAAAAAAGGCCGGGAGGGCGCCCCACUUCGCCCGCAACCCGGCCCCCGGCCGACAGACCUUCGCGGAACCCAGCCCUCCGGCAGCCAGGCCGGCGGGGCAGGCCCGACCGCACGGGCCGCCCGGCCGCCGUGGCUCUCGCGCCGGCCUAAGAGGAGGGAGGGGCGAGGCGCCGCCGCCUCGCCCGCCAACGGCCAUCGUGCGUCCCCAGGGCUCCCCGGCGACUCUGUCGGGUUCUCGGUCUGCCGGCGCGGCCGCCGGCCACAGCCUGGCCGGCCGGCGCCGCCGCCUUCGGCCCGCUGGGCGGGUCCCCGGCUUAGGGCCGAGGAAGGGGGAACGAACAAAAGAGCCGAGGCGCGCCGAGGGCGCCGCCUCGCCCGACAUCGGGCGGUCCCGUCACCGAGCCCCUCCGGCAACCGGCCGGGCCCAGGCGAGGCCGCACGCCCACCGCCAGUCCCCGGCACGCCGCCGGCACCGCUGCCGCCCGGCAGCCGAGGACAGGGCGCCGCCACCCAGGCCCGGGCCAUCUUCGGGGCUCUCGGGAGGCGGCCGGGGAAAAAGCCCGCGCGGGCUCGGCCCUUCGAGCCCCGGCCGCCAACCGCCCGCAACAAUGCCCGCCGCCGCCGCCGGACGACGGGCGCCGGCUUAAGGUCGGCCCACCGAAAGGACGAGACGCCGCCGCCUCGCCGCCCUCGCACACCAUCGCCUUCGCCCGGGGCCCUCGGGGAGCUGGCAGCCGCCACCGGCUCGGGCUGGACGCUGCUGUCGGGCCCCCGCGGGCCCCCCUCGGCCGUCCCAGUCCCGCACUCCCUCGGCUGCGCUUUCGCGCUCGGCUCUCGUCUUCCUCUCCCGUCAUCGGGCCCGCCCGAGGAAGCCGGUCGAGAGCCCCGCGGCUUUCUCGCGCCGGCCUUCCUGCCGCUCGUGGGGUUGGCCGGCCCGUGGCACGCGCCGAAGGCCGCGCGGCAGCAGACGCGGAAGAAAAGGGGCCCUCGGAACCCGCGCUGCUAG